CAGCCGUCGUAAAACAAGAAGAAGUAGAAGAAGAACAAAACAAUGUGAGAGUUUCCGGGCGGUGCGCAAGUCAACACUCCACAUCCUGGCUGUCUGGGCUGUUCUACAUUAGUUUAAAAACAACAGUACCUAUUUGUGACGUACUUCUGCUCGGACAGUUGCCCUACUCUUCAUAUCAGCGUCGUCUGAAAGACUGGGGUUCAUCUCUAUCUACAGUGACCAUGUCAGCGGCCGUGGACUUCCAUUCUCAGAUCGCCUCCAUCAUGGAGGUUAUGGCAAACGCGGCCGUUGCUGAAAUCUGUAAAGUUGUGGACGACGGAUACUUGGUGAUUCACCUGGAAAUGUCCCGGAGCCAGAAGGAGAACGAGUUACUGCGGAGGAAGAUCAGACUGCUGGAGGUGCAGAUCGGCCGCUACCGAGCGGAGAGAGUGAGGGGAGCGGAGGCUUCCAUCAACAGCCGCUUCCACGGAGUCCGCCAACUCAACCGGCAGAGCAAGGACUCACCGGCCGGCCCCUCUCUGCAGGGCAGGACCAGGUUCCUGAACAGAGGUAAAGGGAUUCAGCAGUGUGUGCAGAAAAGCCAGCCUAUCAACCUUGACCAGGAUCCUGAUCAGGAGGUCGUUACCACUGCCAAGACUGAGUCAGCAGGGCUGCAAGAGGAGGGGGAGCUGCACAUCAUCAAGGUGGAGGGAGCGAUGGAGACCAUGGGCACCACCGAUGAGGCGACCCCAGACUCAGGCAUCCGCACUGGAGGAGGCGUCAACUCUACAACCUCACUCCAUGCAACCUCAACGGACAGCACCGAUGGCCAACCGACAAGAUGCAGCAACGUAACGGAGGGCCAGGGACGUCUGAAAAACACCAGCAGUCCUCAGAGCCCGGAGGAAAAGAUGCAUGAAGUGCAAGGUGACACCCCAGAGAAAGAGAGACCUCCCCACACCCUGCUGGACUGGCAGGAGAGCAGUGAGACUGAAGAUAUGCAGCAGCCAUCUUGCUCCAAAUACACACUACAGAGUGUACCAGCAAACUCCUCAUUCAGUCAAACUAGGACAAAUGUGGCCUGUGCCUUCCCAGCUGUCCCAAGAAUGCCUGAGUGCAACAGGGACGGGGUGAGCCAUGAGUCUAAACAGGACAUCAUUGUAAUAAACUCAAACAGCUGCAGGGAGGCACCGUCUUCUGGACGAGGUGGAGGUGACAGAGCUGAUGAAGAGACACCUCUUGGCAAUGUCAGGUCCCAGUAUCAGCCACUGCUGUGUAUUCAGAUCAGUGACUCCCCCAGUGAAGUGAUCUUUAACAGCCCCCCUGUUUCCAUCGCAACAGUGGACUCCCAGCAUCAGCAAACACAAUAUUCAUGGUCUGAAAUGGGGCAGAUGCACAGUGCUUGCUCCUCCAGUAAAAACCACCUUCCUGAGUCUGGUUCAGCUCAGACCCAGCAGCAGCAGCAGCAGCAGCAGCAGCAGCAGCAGCAGCCCUGCCUUGCCUAUGCAUGCACCUACUGCUCCCGCCGUUAUGCCCACCAAUGCCAGCUGCGCAUCCAUGAGCGCGUCCACACGGGAGAGAAGCCAUACCAGUGCACCCAUUGCGGGAAAAGCUUCGGCCAGUUCUGCAGCCUCAAGCGCCAUCAGAUGGUCCACACAGGGGAGAGGCCCUUCCCCUGCCCACAUUGCGGGAAGCAGUUUUCGACCUCCACCAACCUGAAGGUCCACCAGAGUGUCCACACUGGGGAGAAGAGGUUCCACUGCUCCAAGUGUGGCAAGAACUUCUCCUUCCUCAGCAACCUUAUUAGACACCAGGCUCUGCACUCUGUGAAGUAGAGCCAGGUACACCCUGUAUGUUCUUUUGGGGCCAAAAUAAUAUAAACAGCUUACAGUAAGAUGCAACCAGAACAAAACCACAAUGACCCAGGGCUGUUUGUCAUAUUCACAUUUUUGUGUCAUGCUUACAUUAUAGUUUCAUGUUCACGUUGUGUAACGUGCACAUUAUUUCACAUUAUUGUCAUGUGCACAUUAUUUCAUAUUAUUGUAGCAUGCACACAUUACUGUGUCAUGGUCACAUUAUCAUGUGCUGCUGAUUAAUGUAAAGACAUUUAAUCAUAGUUUGUUAUGUCUGUUAUGUCUGAGACAUCCAGAAAUUCUGUAUUUGUUUACCUCAGUGAAAGUUGGACCCACAGUUACCUGCCACUCUUGUUACUCUGGUGUACCCAACAUGGUGAAACAUGACAAAUGAAGGAA